AUGGGCGCCGGGGCGCGGGCGCUCCCGCUGGCCCUGGCGCUGGCCCUGGCGCUGGCCCUGCUGGCCCUGCUCCCGCCAGCGCCCGCCGCGGCCAACGAGUACGACUACGUGAGCUUCCAGUCGGACAUCAGCUCGUACCAGAGCGGGCGCUUCUACACCAAGCCCCCGCAGUGCGUGGCCAUCCCGGCCGACCUGCGCCUGUGCCACAGCGUGGGCUACGACAAGAUGGUGCUGCCCAACCUGCUGGACCACGAGACCAUGGCCGAGGUGAAGCAGCAGGCCAGCAGCUGGGUGCCGCUGCUCAACAAGAACUGCCACAUCGGCACCCAGGUCUUCCUCUGCUCCCUCUUCGCCCCCGUCUGCCUGGACCGGCCCAUCUACCCCUGCCGCUGGCUCUGCGAGGCCGUGCGGGACUCGUGUGAGCCCGUCAUGCAGUUCUUCGGCUUCUACUGGCCCGAGAUGCUCAAGUGCGACCAGUUCCCGCAGGACGACGUGUGCAUCGCCAUGACUGCGCCCAACGCCACGGAGGCGUCCAGACCCCAAGGCGUGGCCGUUUGUCCUCCGUGUGACAAUGAGAUGAAGUCGGAUGCUAUCCUGGAGCAUCUCUGUGCCAGUGAGUUUGCCUUAAAGAUGAAAAUAAAAGAGGUAAAAAAAGAAAAUGGAGACAAGAAAAUCAUCCCGAAGAAGAAGAAGCCCCUGAAAUUGGGCACCAUCAAGAAGAAGGAUCUGAAGAAGCUGGUGCUGUACUUAAAGAACGGAGCAGACUGUCCUUGCCACCAGCUGGACAACCUCAGCAGCCAGUUCCUCAUCAUGGGGCGCAAAGUGAAGGCCCAGUACCUGCUGACGGCCAUCCACAAGUGGGACAAGAAGAAUAAAGAAUUCAAGAAGUUCAUGAAGAAGAUGAAGAGUCCCGAGUGCCCGACCUUCCAGUCUGUCUUCAAGUGAGCAGCUGGCGCCGGACUGGGAGACGUGCUUUGCUGGCCCUGAACUUGCACAAACUUUGCCUUGGGGCACCGAAACCGUUGGGCUCCUCCCGCUACUGUGGACGCUGUACCUUUGAUUCCUCGGUGUUUCUCUCUGUCUGUGUCUUUUAGGGCCUCCUGUUUCUUGUUCUUUCCUCACCCCAAUCAUUUCCCCAUUAGGGAAAGAUCAGAAGCUGUGCAGCCCGGCUUCCAAGCACGGCUGCAUCAGAGGGGGAAGCAAACCUUUGCGGCAGAACCUGGGCUCCUCUUCUCCAGUUUCGGGGUGGAAAACUGCAGUUUCAGUGAAGUAGGAUUUUCUUUUGUUUCUCCUGGCAACGAUUCCUUCGGGGACUGUCUCCCCCCCCCCCCCCGCAUGCCCCCAUCCUGGGAUAAUGUCGCAGUGCCACGCAGCUGCUUUAAUUCGCCUGGGUGAUGCAGUCACUGGCGGAGACGGGGGGCAGUAUCAGCAAAUGAGGCAACACACCUUUUUUGUCUCUGUUGUGGCAAGGCGCGUCCAAAGGGGGGGCAUUUGGGGGUCACGGCAGAAAACGUUCACAGAACUGCCCUUUCGACACGGCUCUCCUGUGGGGCACAUAAAGAUGCAAGGCAGACGUGGGAGUCCCCAAGGUCACGCGAGUGUCCGGGCAGUGCCAGGACAGGCAGAUCCUUUUUAAGGGGACAUUCUGCCAGUGAGAACAGGCUGUUGGAAGGUCGAGGAGUGAAACAGGACCCGGCUGAUUAAUUCUUCCUGUCCAUCUCGGUGUGAAGGCGAGUGCAGUUUCGAUGCUCUGCCGUGGGUACUGGAAUCUCUUGGGCCAGCCCUGAUGUCGGGAUGCCCGUUCCUGUAGAUGCAGCUAUGCUGCUCCCCGGGGCUCACAACCAAGGCCAAAUCACCCCGAAGCAAAUGCUGAAGCUGCGGGGUGCUUUGCCCUUGGGGAAAGGGCAGUGCUGUGCCAAGUUCCAGGGAGGCCUAGCGACCCCCGGCUGGCGAGGUCUCCCUCCCUCCCUGCAAGCCAACGUCUGGGUGGGGCUCAAGUCCCUUGGUUCUCACGAGACCUGUAGAAGGGGCCCGGUGCUCCAUUCUGGUUUGGGAAGGACAACAUCCAGAAAACCCCGGCUGCCGCCUAGCAGAAGUUCCUCUUGCGUGGUUGCAGCUCAGUGCAAGGGGCACGCCUUGGAUGCUGCCACUCCCCAGCUCGACCCUGACAUUUUAAGGUAUGGUUAGGAAAGAUGCCUGAUCCAAACCGUCUGCUGGGAUCUGACGGUCUCCGACACUGCCCCAGUUCACACACCCGUGCAAGGGGCAGUGAACACCGGGUGGGGCGUCCUGGUGGAGCAGGUGGAGGGAUUGCGCUGUGCAGGGGCUGCCAAAGCACAGGCCAGGGACCCCGGCUUCAAAACACCCGAGAAAUGGCUGGAUUUAGAGUCAUUUCGCCUUUCUGCCUUGUCCUCUGGAGGAGCUUUGCCCAUGUAUGGCACACAGUUAUUAGAAAACAGCAUUGCUUUUUCGAUGGGCGGGGUGGGGCAGAGCUUUCAUCACGCCGUGGGUCAGUGGCUCCCAAGCUGCACGAGCCGAUUCCCUGGCUCUCUCACUCCGGCCCUGAGGUGGCGUUGCCAGAGCAGCGCACCUUGCGUGGGUUCAAGGCAGACGAACGUCUGCCUUUGCAAAUGGCACACAGAACCCAAAAAGAGAGACGGAACAUCCACGUGCACACGCUUUCUCGCAACUUGAAAGCAUUUUCCCUUUCCUGAGGGGUGCAGCUGGACACGACUCCUUUGGCUAAAUGUCGGUGGUGGUGCUGGGCACUCGAGAAAGCGCUGCUCCUGGAUCUGGCCCGUGACCACCACCUGCAUUCUGAUUAUUUACUUUAAAAUGUACGCUGAUGACCUGUUUUUAUUUAGGGUGUUGAGUUAUUUUCACUGAGCUUGAAGCUUCCUGUCUUUUUGUCCUUUUUGUAGAAGAGCCUUAUUUGUGUAUAACCUUAUCCUUUCUCCAGGAAGACUUCCUUGACUUUUGUUUUGGUAGCUUUUCUAGUUUCGAAGUAUACUUCCCUUCGCGCCCUUCCUGUUCUCGGUGGCACUCUGAUUUGUUCGUUCAGUUACUUCCUUUGGUAAAUGUGAGAUUUUUGAACCUCUGGGUUUUAGAUGAGAGUUUGUACCUGUGAGGAGAUUUCCCCCACCCCUUUGUUUUCAUUUUUCUAUUAUUAUUUUUCCUACAACUAACAGCACCUAAGAGGGGAAAAUACUCCUCCAUCUAAUGUCAUACAGCAUUGUUUUAGGCUACUCACAUAUGUUUGCAUUGUGCUGUGAAGUUUCUGCACAAAGGGUGGCCUCAGAAUCCAAGCAACCGCAGUGACAUGAUUCCCUGCGGAAAGCCAGUGACGGAAAGCUUUCGUUUCCAAUAUUAUUUCAAAAUAUAAUCAAGUUUCUAGCCAUAACAGAGGCUGGGAAGUAACAGAAGCUACAACAGCGGUUCUUUGUUUGGGAGGCAGAUGAAGUAGCUGGGCCCAGUAGAGUGGCCUGGUGUCCUCUUUUAUUUGAAGCUGUCCUCUUUUCGAACUUUUUAUUUGAAAAGUUUUAGUUCCAGUUUUAAAAUAAAGAACCGUCUUAUCUGUUUCUCCUUAACAGUUAGCACUGGGGCAACAAGCAAACAGGUCACCUAGUCAUGGCAUUCCACGCUAUGCUGAGAUGUACUAUAUUUCUAUUAAAAAUUCGUAAUUACUUCUAAAUUUGCAUCUAUACAUAUAAACCAGAAUAUCCAACUUCUAUGCAAAUAUAUGUCCUCUUUUUUGGUGAUGCAUUUCCUCUUUUCUGGAGACUCGUCAGUUACCACCCUCUAGCUGGGAUAUCUGUAUUCCAUCAGUCAUUACUUUACACAAUGUCCCUUCCAAAUCACUUCCUUAUUUUGGGGGCUUUGGCUGCGGGUGGUACUGAAAUGUAAUAAAGAAAUAUUUUUACACAUGUGCUGCGAGUGAAAACUUGCCAUUAUCUCCAGCUACCACCUUUUCCCAACACCAAACUGGCAUAAUAUUCUUUGUUACCUGAAGCAAGAAUCAGACUUGCAAAUUAACUCAAUAAACGCAAUUGUGCCCGAUUUGAACACCA